CCCCUUGCGUACUGCCGCAGCGCUGUUCGUGGUUGGAAGUUUGGAAAAAAAUCAUGUGACUUUCAUUUCCUGCUCUUUGAAGUCAGAUCAGUCGCAGCAGCGGAUCCUCGGUUACUGUAGUUAUUCUCUCUGUCUGUAUUCCGCACAAGCUCCCUUUUCAAAACCCGAUAUGUACAGCUGCAUUGGCCUAGCUUUCCUUUUGCUUUUAGGAUGUGGGGUCCUACAGUCUGAUGCAACUGUAGCAGAAGUUUUAGAUCAGAACAACAAGACAUGCAUCUACGCUGAAAUGAUGGUGAAUUUCACAGUUCAAUAUGAGACCAGCAAUUCUACACUUAGCACUGCAGAAUUUGUCCUGCCAACAAAUGUAACAACAGCAGGAAGCAUUUGUGGCAAUAGGACGGUCUCCCCUUUUUUAAAAAUCAGUUUUGGGAAUGGCCACUAUUGGAGCAUUAACUUCACACACAGCAAUACUUCGUACCAUGGAGAUGUUUUUAUCUUCGGCUAUAAUGUCAGUGACAGCACCAUCUUUCAUAAUGCCUCUCAAAAAGGUGUUAUCAAGGUUGUGGCCAAUGAUACAAUGCCACCUGUGCCCAUGGAUCACUACUACAGAUGUAUGAGUGAUGACGUUUUUAAGCAAGGCAAUGUCACCCAGACCUUUUGGAACGUCAGUAUUCAAGCUUACAUUAAAGAUGGAAAUCGAAGUAAAAAUGCCACUGUGUGUAGUGCUGAUACCCCGACCACUGUAGCUCCAGUGACAAAUAUAACGACUAUAGCUCCAGUGACGAAUGUAACAACUGCGGCUCCCACCACUACUCCUAAGCCAACUCCAACCCCAAAACCAGAUAAGGAAACCUACAAGGUUUCCAGGGGCAAUGACACAUGCCUGAUUAUCACCAUGGGACUGCAGCUCAACUACAGCACCAGUGCCCAGGCACCGUGGGAAGUGAAGAACAUUGACCCCAAUGUAACCACUGCGUCAGGAACCUGUGGUAAUGACACCUCCACCAUAACGCUGAAUGAGAACAACACCAUUUAUCUUACUUUCUCCUUCGCUAAACACAGUUCAAAGACAUUCUAUCUUAAAGGAGUGAAUGUAACCACAGUUGUCAAUGGCUCUGCACAACAACUUGGAAUUAACAACAAUCUAAGUUACUGGGAGGCAACCCUGGGCAGCUCCUACAUGUGCAACAAGGACCAGGUGUUCAAGGUUACUGACAAGCUCUUCAUCAACACAUAUGAUCUGAGGGUGCAGCCUUUCAACGUGACCAAUGGAGAAUACUCUACAGCCCAUGAGUGCUCACUGGACGACAGCAGCCUUCUGAUUCCAAUCAUUGUUGGUGCUGCCCUGGCAGGCUUGAUUGUCAUUGUUGUGAUUGCUUAUUUGAUUGGUAGAAGAAAGACCUACGUCGGAUAUCAAUCCCUUUAAAGUGAUGAAAAUCAUGAAACCAGCUAAUCACCCCGAUGGUUUCGUUCUGCAAUCUCACAAAAUCACUUUGUGUUUUUUCUUUUUUUUUUCACUCCACGGAGCAAGUGCAGGUUCUGUUUUUGUAAUCGACCAGUCUGAGCUAAACUUUCUUCAGACAUUUUCCAAGGCCUGUGAAACAGCUGUCUACCAAAACCUACAGGAGUGUCCUGUCACAAGGGAAAUGUGUUCAAAUUGCUCUAAAUCUUUGCACAGAUUCCAGAUGCUGUCUUUUGUCUGAUUUGCAUCAUGGGUAUGCUGUACUAGGAUCACCACCUGUUUACCAGUAGCUACUGAGAAGGUAUAUUGGGCAUUAUAAGGGAGAAAAUAAUGACUGCUCUCCCAUUCCAAAUUGUGACUGUGCCAGCAUCUUACUUCUGAGAUUUAACCAAGAUUAAGACUCAUCAGGCAGCUAUCCGGCCAUAAAACAUUAAAAAACUGGCUAGAUCUUUGACUUGUAGUAUGGAAAUAUGCAGAACAGUUGAUCAGCUGCAAUCAUUAAAUGUAUGAAUCUCUUGAACUUAAGCAGAGUGUUACAUAGUACCCACAGCUGUGUUUUUUUUUAUUGACUUAACCACUUAUAACCCACAAUAUUUUUAACAAUCUGCGAGAUACAUUGAACCUGCACUUGUCUCCUGUAUAGUUAGCCCUUUGUUUUAAUUUCUUGAAUUCAUCCGUGUACAUCUAUAACUCAGCCUUUAUUUUUUAGCACUUAAAUUUGGAAGUUGUACAUGUUAUUUUAUUUCUCUAUAUACUGUAAUAAAAAAAAUAUAUAAAGGGUGUUUGCCACUUUAUCCAUGCUGCAAAUAUAAAAUAAAUAGACAAACAAUAGUGAAUUGGCCAUGUCUAUAUUUAGUUUAGCCUCCCGGAUAUGGGAGAGCAUAGUACUGCAGAUGAGGAUACUUGGAUACAAAAACACUCCUGUGCAAUUGUAGGGCAUUGUUCAUUGCUUUCCUACUGUCAUGUGCACUUUGAAGCUGGCUUAACUUUAAGCUUACCAAAUUCCUAAUGUGGUGUAUUUUGUAAUAUUAAAAUAUACGACAAUACUAGAAGUCAUUGUCGUCUUUGAUGUAACAAUGACAACAAAAAUGGAAUCAAAACAGUAAAAAGCUGUGUAGCCAGUGUUCAGAUCUAGCUUUAUUUCAGUAUAGCAGUGCAGUUACACUCUGUAAAUAGAGAGAGGUUAAUGUGUUUUAUAUGUAUUGAAGGAUUGUUUUGGUUGUUUGGUGCCGACCCAAACGCUUCUCACUCUGGCACAAAUGCGGAACGUGAAGGUUGAGUUGUAGCUUUUGAAAUGUUGCAGUGACCUGCUGGAAUUUGGUUGAAAAGGGACUUCUCAUAGUAACUAGCAAAUAUUAGCCUUUAUUACCAUGAUCCCUUUUAAAUAGAUAGAUGCAGUUUAACACCUCCUUAUUCUAAAUUUGAUUUGACAUGAAAUGCACUUACUUGCUUUAACAAAGAUGUCAUUCGUAACAUUUCAUAAUGUGUUUAAAAUAGCUGCUGCUGCUUUUAUGAUGCCAGCAUGCCUCACUGCAACAUUUAGUCUUUUGAUUAGGGAGAAACAUAUUUAAACUGGUCCAGUUCCAGCCAACCAUGGGAUCAUAAAAGGAAUUUCUUGUGUGUUUUUUGUCUGCACAUGUAUAUAUUCGUUUUUGCACGGAUCUUGUGUCAUGUGUUCUUGCAGUGACCAGUGCGCUGAUGCCUUUUUGUGUUUUCUUUUGCAAUAUUUCUAAAUCGUAUAAGUAACUUGCAUGCCCCAUUUCCACGCUGUUUUAAGGGAAUAUUAAACGUACAGGGUCCUUAAUUGCUAGGCAAGGUCGUAACGGUUUUGUUGCAGGAGUUGCUGUGUUCACUUUAUUGCAGCCAGCGCUUGGUGAACCUGUUUCAGUACUGUAAGUGUUUUCACUUAAACUGUGCAGGGAAUCUGGAGGAUGCUUAUUUUCCAUUCUGUGUUUUAACACUUAUUACUUUUACAGCUGUAAGGUUUGGAGGGUAAAGUAAUUCACUUUCUAUAUAUCCACGUCACAGUGCACAAAUUCUGUCCCUGUUUAAACAGAUCAGUCAUUUAGCAGCUGUCAUAAGAUACUGCUGUUCAGUUUUGACAUGUAUUGCCCUUUUAGUAUUUUUGUGGAUAUUGUUUUUAUUACAAAGGCUGUACAAAACAAGAAGGAGUAUUUGAUGGAAUUAAAAGCUUUUUUUUGUUUUGUUUUGUUUGAAACAUUAUUGUGAAUUAAAUAGUGCUGUUAUUUAAUCAAAAAACACGUUCUUUAACAAAACAUUCAUUAAUCUGUGAACGGGGCCCCAAGAUGUAACUAGGCUGGGUACCGAUACAAACUUUUCUUCAUAGCUGUAAAUUUAAACAAUCAGAAAUUCAGUGCUUUUUAGAUUCCCCCCUACAAUACUGUUGUUCUCCAUAUUCAUCAUGGCUUUGUAUAAACAGUUUUAUUUUCAGAGGAAAUAGUUUGUGAAACUCCCAAAUGAUUCCAUACUAAAACUAAAUGAUUCUACAUUCUUUAAACACUGGCAGGCUGGGAUAGGGAUGUGUUUGACGUUGCAUCCACUUGGGGGCACAGCCAUUCAAGCAGGGUUUUUCAGUAGUUCAGUUUAAUUGCAUUUGUAAGAGAUUUAAGAUUCAGAGUCAAUGAGACGUUCUUCAUGAGAAUCAGACUUUGCUCCUGGUGCAGUGAAACAACAGCGUGUUUGCGCCCUGUCACUUGAAAAAGGGGAAAAAGAAGCCAGUACUGUAGUUACACUAAAGUGUUUUUUUUGGAAGCUUAUUGCCGAGGUUUGCUAACCUCGCUUUAAUAAAGUGAAUUUCUUUAUCCCCUCCUAA